AUGCAAUACUACGUAGCCGUCCGGCAAGUAGUCGAGAGGCAUCCUUUUCUCACCGUGGUGUUCAAGGACAAGCACACGGACAAGGCAUACUACGAGCAUGUGCCCAGUGUCAAUCUCAAAGAACGCAUAUUCAUUGCGUCCGAGGACAAACAGGGAAAAGCCGAAGACGAGACGACCAGGAUCGAGAGACUGCUGCCCUCUCUGGUCGACCAUGCCCAUGCUGCCGAGCGGCCCCCAUGGAGCAUGACCGUCUUGCCUUUGGGCCGGGGGACUGGACAGACAACUCGUCUCUUCAUUGCAUUUGCGUUUUCCCACAUGCUUGGCGACGGCAUGAACGGGCUCAUCUUCCACCAGCACCUUCUCGAGGGCCUCUGCGAUGCGUCCGCCAACGCAGAUUCAUCAUCCACAACGACAGUCACGAUCCCGCCCACGACGACCCUGGACGAGCCGUUCGACACGCCCAAGCGUCUGCCGAUAUCUUGGGGCUACUUGUUCGGACCGCUCUUUGCCGUGCUGCUGCCCAAGUGGCUCGCCAUCCUGCUUGGGGUGCGGGCGUCGACAAGUCUUCUUGAGCCAGGGACUUGGACUGGUCCCCCGAUGUUUGACGACCACAAGGCCAACCCGACACAGCUACGCAUUAUCGGCAUUCCUGCCGCCCAGGUCGAGGCAGCGCUUCGGACGUCCCGCAGGCGCGGCGCCAAUCUCACGGGCGUGCUUCAUCAGAUCAUUGUGCAUGCGCUCAGCGACGCCCUGCCAGGCCACACACUGUCCUCUGCCACGGCCAAAGGCAAUAGCAACAACGACAAGGAGGGCGGCGGCGGUGGCACGGUCUCGUCGGCCACCGCCAUCACGUGGUUCGUGUCCCAUUCGGCCAUCAACAUGCGUCCCACGCUCGGCAUCCCUAACACAAAAACGGGGCUGUACGUCAAUGGGUGCUUCGACUACCACCCGCGUCGCGCCGCCGCGGCCGCAACCACCCAGAAGCUCGCCCUCAGCGCCACGACCCCCGAGGACCAGCCAGUCGGCUUGCUGCGCUACGCGCUCAGUGUGCCCAGGUGGAUGGCCAAGAAGAUGGGUCAGAAGAGGGACGGCUCGUACGAGGUCAGCAACCUGCUUGCUUUCUCGCCUGCUCCUCCACCUGCUGCUGCUGCGGCGGUGGCGGUGGAAUGGAUCAUCUUUGCGCAGUCGCGGAAUCGGACCUCGUCGCCGCUCGUGUUUGACGUGGUCAGCGUCAAGAGAGGGAACCUGGUCAUCAGUGUGGUCUGGCAGGCUGGCGCGCUGGGGAAUGUCACGAGGACGCCGCAGGACCAGCAGAAGCUGGUGGAGGGGGUGUGUGAGGGAAUCAAGGCCGAGUUUGCCAUGUUUGUGUGAACUCUCCUGUGGGCGAGAGGAUGAGAGAAGCGCCGCCGAAUCAGGAAAAGAAGUCUAUUAGGCUGCCGCCACUGUAGGAAUAGCGCA